AUGAAGAGAGGGAUAUUGGAAGUAUUUCUCAUUGAUGCUCAUGGAAUCACACACACAAAUUUUAUCGGAACUCCUGUGUAUUAUGUGCUCUUACAAUGUGGGACAAAGGAAUACCGUAGCAAAAUGUCAAAAGGUGAUAAUGACAAUGCAUUGUGGAACCAAAAGUUUGUUUUCGAUUUCCCGAUGUCUCAAUGGAAGAAACUGACCUAUAUCAAAUUAAGAAUCUUGGACAAAGAGCUCUUCAAUGAUGGUGGAUUUGUCGGUGAAACCAUAAUUCAUCUCGGAGGCAUAAUAACCGAAGGGCGUGACAGAGGAUACAUUGAAAUAAAACCAGCUCCAUACAAUGUUGUUCUUGAGGACGAUACUUUUAAAGGUGAACUAAAAGUCGGAUUGAGAUUCAUUGCAACAGAUAAAUUGCAGAGGAAAGCAUGGGAGCUGAAGAUGGAGGCCAAAAACAGUGAAGAACUAAUGAUUUCUCCAAUUCAGAAUCUGAUGAAACUCCCAUUACUAAGGUUUCUGCUCUAUUGCUUUCGGAAAACAAAACAAUAUCAACUAAAAGAGAACUAAAAUGAUUAAAAGGGUUUAUAGCUGCAUGGGCAAGAAGGCAAUGUCUCAUCAAUGCAAAACUACUUUAUUGUUUCGUCGACUAUAAGAAAUGCCUUACUCCUUAUUCGUAGCUAGGGUUUCUCGAUCAACCCUUUCACGGUAUCGUGAUGGGCAAGAAUACGAAACUGUUGAUGACUUUAAUCUUUUUC